UAAUAUGCAUGUAAUGUUUGACACUGGACGAUAAGGAGCCAUCUAUCACACUGUCAGAUUAAAAUACUGGUAUAUUGUCAGUCUAUUUGGAAAGUGCGAGAUUAAAAUACUAGUAUUCACAGUCUAUUUGGAAAGUGCGAAUCGAAAAAAAAAAAAUAUUUUUAAAAUUAGAUUGUUUUAAUGUCGGUCAAUUAGAGUACAGGAAGAUAAUGAUUAAUAGCAUUUCUGAAGUUUUGGACAAAAAGAAGAUUUUCUGUUGAAAUAAUUCUAUGUACACGUGUUUCAUAGUAAAAUUUAGCCACUCAAGUGUUUAAAACCUAUCCAUCUUUUGAAAUUACUGUUGCGAGAGAGAGUAAACAAAUACAAUGUAAUGUAAAAACAAAGUGAAAGAAAGAAAAAAAAAAGAACAAUGAAGCACUGCAGAUAUAUAGAAAAUGGAGGUCGACAACCGUUUGCACUUCCAGAUGGGAAAACAUACCACGUGUUCAUUUCAUACGCAACAAUGGAACCAGACCGACAGAUCGCACAUACUUUAUUUACGAAACUAAGCGAAAGUAACUUUACAUGUUGUUUACACGAAAUUGAGUUUCAAGCUGGACAUCUUAUAGAGGACAACAUUAAACAAUGUAUGAAAAAAUCUCUGAAAACUAUUGUCCUUCUAUCAGAAAACUUCAAAAAUAGUUAUUGGUGCCACAUUGAAAUGACUGAAAUUGUCCAAUUACACAUGGAUAAUAAAGGUUUUCCGCCAAUUGUUUUAAAAUUAGACAGUUGUGAGGUACCUGAAGCACUUAAGCCAUACACAUAUAUGUUGUUGCAAGCUGGACUGGACGAAAAGAUGCCGGAUAUUGUAGAUGUUAUUAAUGAUAUGGAAAUUACAGAAUUUCAAGGAUCGAUGCUGACUAUUUCAUUUGUUCCACUACCUUGCAUCAACUAUAACCAAGAUACCCCUCAUUCUCCAUGCAUUUGGCCCCAUGUUUGUGCUAAAUUUAUUUUGUCAGACGAUGGAUGCAAAGAUAUGUGUACCAAACAUCACGUGCUCAACAAAGAAUCGUUAGAAAAACUUAAAAAAUGCGGAUUUCCUGUUGAGAAACAAUACUCUCGUCUGUCAAAACUUUAUAAGGAAAAGUGUAAUAAAUGGCUCAAAGACUUUCCAUCUAAAACGAUAUCAGGACCGUGCUAUUAUUAUAAUGACAAAGGAUGUUUUAUUGCAGACGACGCAUGUCCGUUCCCUCACAUUUGUAAAGACUGGUUUGCUGGGAAAUGUACACGUUCGAAUUGUAAAUUCUCCCAUGAUGUUCUAAACCCUCAGACAAACUCAUUAUUGCAAAAGUUUGGAUUUAACAUGAACCAUCCCGAUGAUAUUAUUUUAUGGCAGUAUCGAGAAAAAUGUCAAAAUUAUUUGGAACUGAAAACAAAACAAGACACCAACGUCAAUCUCCGCAAAAGCCGUGAUCCGAACUCUACAGCGAGUAAAUGUGUUUUAUAUUUAGCUUUUAUGGCUAUGUCAUUGAAUUGUUUGUUUAACAUAUUUAAUAAAUAUGUCUCAACAUAUUUUAAAAAUUUUCUUUCGAGUAAACAUUGAAAUAAUCUCGCAUGGCAUUUUACAUUAAAUUACUAUAAAUAA